GAUGUACCUCAUAGCUACAAGCUGAAGCCUUACCGGCGUUGGCGUCCCUGGAGUCAAAGGGCGCUUCCGAAAGGCGGCACUCUGACGUUCACGAACGUAGAGGGAGCCGAGAAUAUCCCUCUGCCGAACCCGGUCUUACAGCAUUGUCAUUUUCGGAUAGCUGAGGUCCUGAAUGCGUCUGGAAUGAGUGAGUUCAGAUAA